AUGUAUAAUCCAACGAAAUCCGCCUCAACUCUAUCAUUGGCAUCAAAUGAAUCUUGUUUUAGCAACGAUUAUUCAUUAGAUAGUGUUUGUUGUACAAAACGAACGUUACAUACAUUUUCACAUAUGUGGAUUAUUGAAAAUUUCAGUACCUAUCUUGAAGAUCCUGAACCAAUAAUUUGUUUAUCGUCGUCUCUAUUUAGUCCCGUUAGUGGCCUGUCGGUUGCUACACAAUGGCGUUUAGUUUGUUAUCCAAAAGGAAACUAUGGUGCAUCAUCAAAUUAUAUGUCAAUAUUUUUGGAAUAUGUCAAAGGUGAAAAAGAUGUUAAAGCAAAAGCUGAAUAUGCACUGGUUAAUCGUAAAUGUGAACUAACUGAAAUACGUAAAGAUGCACAAUUUAGUGUCUAUAAAAGUGGUAAUACACGCGGGUUUAUUAAUUAUAUCAAAUAUGAUACAUUGACACUAUUGGAAAAUGAUACAUUAAAUGAUGAUAAACUAAAAAUCUAUGUUCGUAUCAUAAUCAUGGAUGAUCACAUUACGGAAGAAACAAAAUAUCAAGAAUUUGAUGAAUGUAAUGGCAUCAAUUUUACAACAAAAGGUCUGGAAGGAUUGGUGAGGGAUUUUUCACAAUUGUUAUCGAAUACGUCAGAUUUGAGUGAUGUUAAAAUAACUGUAAAACAAUCAUUACAUCAGCCAUCAUUGAAUGACAGUUUGUCAUCAGACAAUAUGAAUAUUGAACAAACAGCUGAUUAUUCAAAUCGGUUUAAUACACGUAUUGUACAAUAUAAUGCACAUAAAUUAAUUUUGGCUUGUCGUUCACCCGUUUUAGCUGCCAUGUUCACUGGAAAAACAUUAGAAAAUAAUACAAAUACAAUUGAAAUUAAUGAUCUAAAACCAGAAACAAUUAAAUCAAUGUUGGAAUAUAUUUAUACAGGAAAAGUAAACGAUAUUAAAAAUUCAACAGUUGAGUUGUAUCGUUGUGCUGAUAAAUAUCAAUUAGAAGAUCUACGUCUACAAGCUGAAAUGGCAUUGAUGAAUUCAAUUUCGAUUGAUUCAAGUGCCGAAAUUCUAUUAUUGGCUGAUCAACAUCAUUCAAAAGAACUAAAAUUGAAAGUAAUACAAUUCAUCGUUCAAAAUUUAAAAGCUGUUACAUCUACUGAAGGUUGGCAUAAGUAUGUGUCAUGUGUACCAGAUCUAGUAACGGAAGUUAUUCAAGCAACAGCUCAGGAAUAA